AUGUCGCUACCUAAUAAGCUGGCUUCGUCGCCGGCCUUCCACUCCCUCGUCGGUGCACAUUCCUUUCUCCUCGGCCAGGCAGCAUGGAACUAUCGGCCCUCCUUUCUACGACAGUCCCGCCAAUCCCGAGCACUCUCUGCAACACCGCUCCUCAGAGAACAGCAACUAGAGCAGAGCUCCCAAUCCUCAGAUCAAGGACCGCCGCCUUCAAAACCGCAGCAAUCGACGUCGGCAGAUCAAUCGGCUGGAGAGGCGAAACGUAGAGAAAAGACCGCUUCACUUGAUGACAAGAAGUCGGGAUGGACAGAUUCUGCGGUGGCCGACAGUACUGCAAUGGGCAGCGAGAACCAAAGCCUGCCUCCUGGAUGGGAAGAGAAUGCCGACUAUAACGUUCAACGAUUCUCAGAUCUGCCGCACAGAUUCUUCGGGUACAACCAGCACAUCAAGAUCAAUGAGGAUUUCAAAGAAUCUCUGCGACAAGUUCUGUGGCAGUUCAGAGCGCCCAUACGAUAUGCAUUUGCCUAUGGCUCUGGAGUCUUUGGGCAGAAGUCAUCUUCGUCGAGUUCACCAAGCGACUACAGUCCACAUCCACAUCCUCCAAAAGCAGUGGAAGAAUGGCAGAAAGGAGGCGCAAAGAUCAUAGACUUCAUCUUCGGCGUGAGCCACACCGAGCACUGGCACAGCUUGAACCUCCAGCAACAUCCAGAACAUUACUCUGGUUUGAAGUAUCUCCCCUACAGCUCCGCUGCUGUCUCGUGGAUGCAGGACGGCUGGGGUGCGGGUCUCUACUACAAUCCAUACAUCACAGUGAACGGAAUCAUGAUCAAGUAUGGUGUCGUCAACCUUGACACUCUGGCUCGCGAUUUGACGGACUGGGACACGCUGUACCUUGCCGGACGUUUGCAAAAACCAGUCAAGAUCCUUCGAGACGACCCCAGGAUCCGCCUUUCGAACCAGGUUAACCUUAUAUCGGCCUUGCGCACGGCGCUUUUGAUGCUCCCAGACAAAUUCAACGAACGACAGCUUUACGAGCGAAUUACCAGCUUAUCCUACCUAGGGGACCCCAGAAUGCAUUCGCUGAUUGCUUCUGAGGCUCCCAACAAAGUUUCCAACAUUGUUGGCGCACAAUUGCCAGGCUUCCGACAACUCUAUGUUCCACUCAUCGACAACUUGCCUAACGUUCACUUCGCUGAUGAGCGUACACCACGUUCUCUUGGAUGGGAGAAAGAAGACGCCAUCCGCCAUACGGGUACUAUCACACAGCUGGACGAUGUUCUAGGCGGUCAAGAUGGCCUUGCCUUGACACAAGACAUGGAUCCUGUCAAGCGUGGCAACAUGGUCCGUCGGUUACCGAAAGAGUUCCGCAAAAAACUUUAUUACCAGUACAAGAAGAAGUUCGGCAUUCCUGGGAGCGCGUUCAGUGAUAUCUUGGAGGAGACCAAAGACGAUGAUCCAACUGGCUUCAAACGACGAGAGGGGGGUGAUUUCGAAAGGAGAAUCGCCCAACAGGAUGACUUGCCCGAGGUUAUGGCCAAGUGCGUUCAAGGUACCGUUAGCUGGCCGGCCACGAUGCAGACCGUCAAGGGUGUCUUCACAUCGGGAUUGACGAGGUCGAUAAAGUACGUGCAAGAGAAGAGGUCCAAAGGCAAGCAAAAAGCCAAGGCCAAUACCGAAAAGGCCGAGAGCACGAAAUCAGACGAGGCCAGCGUCAAGUCCGAGUCAUCCUCGACGAAAAGCGAAAGAUUUUGA